AUGUUGUUGGGGAAGAGACCAAGGCCUCCAAUGAAGAGGACCACAAGCAUGUCAGAAAUCACCUUCGAUCUGAACACCAUUAGUACUGGGGCACCUCAUUCUCAACCGUCCGAUCCCAACAACCCUUAUCAGCCUCUGGCCUUAUGGGGCAGUGGUGGUAGUGGUGGUGGUGGUGGUGGUGGUGGUGGGCUUGAUGGGUUGGAUCAACGGCUUAUGAUGAAGUUGCCUUCACCAUCAUCAGCAUCGCCAAGAAACCACAGAAGAAGUUCUGCUGAUUUUGGAGAAACUGCCCACUUCUUGAAGGCUUGUGGUCUCUGCAAACGCCGACUUAUUCCCGGCCGCGAUAUUUACAUGUACAGGUUGUGGUUAAGAUUGCGCUAUGGCAGGAAAGGGGGAAUGGGGGUGCCCGAGAGCGGGAGACGAGCCAUAGUGGCACGUGAUUAA